GUGUAUUCUGCAUUUGCUUGAUUGGGAUCAAAUUCAGUUUCUAACAGAUUGGUUUUUUAUUGUUUUGUUUUAAUAAUUUCUUUUUGAGCGUCAGAAAAGAGCAUCUGGUGUUCCUCCAACACUCUUAAGAUGGUACCAUUGACCGAGAAAUUUGACCUUUGGCUUUCAAUGCAUUACUACUCAUAUGGGUGCUUUUGUGACUUAAUCAGUUUAACCUUUUCUUUUUUUGUCUGUCUACUCUGCAUUCUCUGCAUUAUCAUUCUUCCAACAGGACUUCUUCCCUGUUAUACACAUGGAUUUUUUUAUCAGCCCUGCUAUACAAAUGGAUAAUUCACUUGCCAAUGCAGGACCAUUAAUAAUCCUAAUUAUAUUCGUUUCCAGUUUUAUUAUUUUAUUGGCUAGUUUUAGUCAUCUAUUGUUUUCGUAUUCAGAUCUUUCAACUUGCAGUAUUUACAGUAACAAAUCUUUCUUGGGUGGUUUAUUUCCUGCCCAUUUCAGCAUACUGAUGAAGAUGUUGAACGCUCUUAUGAAGAAUUUUAUGAGGACGUUCAUACAGAGUUCUUGAAGUUUGGGGAAAUUGUGAACUUCAAGGUAUGUAAAAAUGGUUCAUUCCACUUGAGGGGAAAUGUGUAUGUGCAUUAUAAGUCAUUGGAGUCAGCUGUUCUUGCCUAUCACUCUGUCAAUGGCCGGUACUUCGCUUCAAAACUGCUAAAUUGUGAAUUUGUCAAUGUCACCAAAUGGAAAGUUGCCAUUUGUGGGGAGUUCAUGAAAUCUAGACUCAAGACAUGUUCGCAUGGAAGUGCUUGCAAUUUCAUCCACUGUUUCCGCAAUCCUGGUGGAGACUAUGAGUGGGCUGAUUGGGAUAAACCACCCCCAAGAUAUUGGGUAAAAAAGAUGGCUGCUCUAUUUGGCUAUUCUGAUGAAUCCAGCCUUGGAAAAGAGAUUGAGCAUGGCUAUUCAGGGCAGCCAAGGAACUCUAGCAAGAUGAUAACAUCAGAUGCAGAUAGAUCAAGAGACACGGAUAAAAUGAUUAGUGACUCUGGUAGAAGCUGUGACAACGAGGAGAAUAUUAGAGGCAACAUUAGUCAGAAGAGGCAUAUUAAUGAUGAAAGAAAAUAUGCAAAAGUUUUAGAUGAAAAAUUUGGUGAAGCAAGGAAAAGUUAUAAACGUAAUUAUCUCAAGAGACGUGUUGAUACCUCUGAUGGAAGUUGCUCAGAUAUGGACAUGGAUGGAUAUAGGGAUGGUUAUCGAGUUCAGCACAGCAAUCAUGUGAAGAAAAGCUCAAAACACUGCAGUGAAGUGUUGGGGUACUCAGAUGAUGAUGAGGUGACCGAGGACAGAACCUCUGAAUCUGAUUCUGGCGGGGAUUACUCAGACAAGUAUGGACGUAGACAGAGCCACCUUGGCCACACAAAGAAAAUAUCAAGGCACCGGAAAAGGGGCGAAUUCCAAGACAAUGAUGGAGACAGUCAAAAUAAAACUUAUAAAGAUGAUGGAGGUCAACUAAAUAGGAACAAAAACUUUGAAACACGUCCUGGCCAAACACGGAAAAGCUCACAACACCGGAUGGAACCACGAUCCCCAGAUGAGCAGCAAUACAGCAAGGGCAGAAGUCACGAGUCUGAUUCCUCUGAAAUGGAAUCAAGUAGAGACAGAGAGAAAAAAAGACAACAUCAUCAUGGACGUAGACACUCAGGACAUUGGGAAAAAGUUUUGGAAGCGCAUGAUGAUUCUGGUAGCACCAAAUUUAGGCAUCAUGGUAGCCAUUCCAGUGAUAAUGGGUUUGAUUUAGACAGGGAAAUACCUCGUACUCAGAUGAGCUCACUUUCUCAAUACUCUAAUGAACUUUUAGAGCAGCAAGCAAAGGAAUUGAAGGGGAAAUCAGACGUAAAAAGAUAUGGUCACUCAAGCAGCAGGCAUCAUGCACGCAUUGAGACAAAUGGAGGAGGUUGCCAUAGUGAGGGUGUGAAAUCAGGUGGAAAGUGUGAUUCGAGUGAUUUGGAUAGAUUUAAGUCACAUGAUCUUGAACGAAGUAACUUGAAUAAUCUUGGUGAUCUGGAUCGGUGGAAACCUGAGAAAGGUUUGGAUGAGGGUGUUAAUGAGCUGGAUCGUUGGAAACCUGAGAGUCCUGAGGAAAGAGCAACAACAGGCUAUGACAAAUCUGGCAGUCGAGAUCAUAGCCAGUCAGGUUACAAGAGACACUCAAAGCAAAUGGAAAAGGAGACAGAUUCUUCCGAGGAGUAUGGCGAGAAGCAUCACAUUGAACGUGGAUCUCACCGUCGUAAGAGGCUACGUAAGAAAUGAAGUCAUAAUAAAGCCGGAAAAGCAUCUACAUUUGUGAAAUGAUAUUGAUAAUGAGAGUUUUGACGACAAUAGUCUGGAAAACAUGCUGAUGCUGUAUUACAUUGUGGGGUGAUUUUAUUGUUUGUGUAGAUUGCAUUGCUCCAUAUAUAUGUAAGCUGUUUAUUUAGUUACAGGAAGAAGUACCCUAUGUACUUCAAUUUCAAUAACAUUUUUCUUUGCCGAUCAAAAAAAAAAAAAAAAUGAAAUGAGAGAGAGAGCAGGCAGGAGGUACUAGGUAAGGAAGAGGUACAAUUACACAAGCAAUAUUAGGCCAAAAUAAAUACAGUUUGAAAAU